GAUUUGACAAAUUAACUUGCAAAUAUCAAUACCGCUUUUCUUAAAGAAAAUUGAACAGCUAUUUUAAAAUUAAAAUAGACAAAAAGUUUAGAUUACAGUUUACGUGGCCAUACCGGAUUAAAAAUGAGUUUUGGGUUACCGCCACUUAAAGUAAAACCUGAACCAGCUAGCGACAUGAAAGUUCAGGAUGGACCAUUUGGAAUUCCGAACCCAUUUGUAGAGGGUCUUGGGACAACAAAACCAAAAUUAGGCAUGUCACAUCCUUUAGAAGCCUCCGAAAGAAAUUAUCACCUAAAUGAAGAAAAAAUGAAUAUGACAAUGCUGCGUAAUAUCCAAGGUCUUCAUGCACCACUGAAACUCACAAUGGAAAUGAAAUUUGCUAAAAAGAUUGGCAGAUUACCAUUUCUUCCCAGUUCAAACCUUCAGCAUGAUGUAAUUACUGGACGGUAUUUGGAUAUUGGUUUUGAAGAUAUUCUUAACACGCCAGAUCUUUGUGAAAUUGCUGGCCAGCCUCAUGCUGUAGUGGAAAGAUCACUUGGCUUGCUAUAACAGUUAAUUCAUUACGUUUUUUAAAUGUACACACUUUUUAAAUUAAAAUAUACAAAGUGAUGUAUAUUAUGUUUUAUUACUAUCUCUUUUUUAAUUUACUGCUGAAUACUACAAUAAUGUAGUCAACCAACAUUUGCCAGUGAGUCUGCCACUCGAAGUCAUUUCUCAUUGUGAUGACACCUCCUCUUGGACUCUUAUUGUAAACAAGCUGUUCCCCACGACUUCGCCCGCGUGUAAUUUAGGGUUUUAACUAUGUUGCGCGGAACCCUAAUUAUUUUUCUAAAAUAUAAGUAGCCUAAGUUCCUCCUUAUAACAUCAACUAUCUGCCAGUGUAGAUUCCAUCAAAAUCGGUCCAGCCGUUUCGGAGAUUAGCUGGAACAAACAGACAGGCAGAAAAAAAAUGUUAAAAGUUGUGUUUUUGUUAUAAGUACCGUAUAUACUUUCAUACGCAUUUAGUAAAAAGCUGUUAUUUUGACAUUACAAACAGACACUUCAAUUUUAUUUAUUUGUAUUAUAUAUACUACAAAAAAUGAGUUUUAAAGAAGACAAAAGUUCUUAGUAAAAUAUAGAGAAUUUCUUAGAUUGGAGAAAGUUUAAGUGAAGUGUUGCAACAUUCUACAUUGGCCUAAUUUUUCUUUAUUAGCCUGCAGAAGUUUCAUAAAAUAAAAGAAUAUGGUGUCCGAGCGCGUGCGUCCAACCCAUUUGAGAGCUACUCAUUUAUUCCCCUGCGCUACCAUACACCAUUACAGCCUAUUAAAAUCUACUGCUGAAACAUACACCUCUCUCGCAGAUUGCCUCAUGGGGGGGGAUAUUUACCAUAGUUGCAACGCUUGGCAACCACAGUUUUUUUAUGUUUAAUCGUUAUUAAGAAGACACUGCUGCUCAUCUGAUUUGUUUCCCUCCGUCGACUCUUACACCCACGGGAUGGUAUGGAGUGGUAGACAUUCAUACACCGCCACAACACAGCCACAUUAAAUAAUCAUUAAGUACAGUGUCGCUACAGGCCUCUGCCGUAACACGGAGGAUUUCCUGUAAUAGUCAAGCUUGGCAUCGUGUCGUACAAUGAGGGCUAAUAAUUUACCGCUCACCAGAUGUCGCUAGUUGAAACCGAGCUGAAGUAGGUACACAGUAUCACUGUAUGUGAAAAGUUGCGUUUUGUAUCUAAAAAAAAUAGAUUUCUUGUGUAUACGCCUAAAUACACAAAACAACACCUCAGUGUACUUGAACUUUUUUCCAUAUUCUUAAUUAUUUUACUUUUAGAAAUAUCCGCGGUAUGAUUUAUAAAUUUUAAUCUAAUUAAUAUAAAAUAUAGCUAAUAUUUCAGAAAGAAACAUUAAUUUCUACACUUCUCUAACAAAUUAACUUCUCCCGCUAUGAAAUCUGUCAAAUAUUUCACCUCAAUUCUAAGUGGCGACGUCCUGGUGGUAGUAAAAGUCGUUCAUGCCCUUAUUGACACUGCUGCCCGUCACCGGUCAGUAUUGUACAC